AUGACAAACACCCCGGAAGAAGAGACAGCGACGUCAAUACCCAACCAGGAAAGAUCAGGUAAGCGGAGGAAGGUUCGCAAAGGGACGCGAUCUUGCUGGGAAUGUAAGCGGCGGAAGAUCAAGUGUACAUUUGCAUCGACCGAAGAUGUCACCUGCAUUGGCUGUGAGCGCCGACGUGCACCCUGUGUGGGUCAGGAUCUGCCGGAAUAUUUGUCUCCGGCAAGGAAAGGCAACCGGAAUCUCGUUGAGCGCAUCGCAAGAGUUGAAAAGUUGAUGCAGGACUUCAUUGCCAGCAAAGAUGUUGGUGCGACGGGCCACUCCACGAAGGAGGCACGGACAGACCGGCGUUCAAACUCGGAUGCCAUAGAACCUCGCUCAAGGGACUCGGUGCCUUCACCAAUUCGAGCUCCUCUCACUUCGGUGGAGUGUCUUCAGAGAUCCGUUCCAAGCUCACCACCACUUAUACUGGACGCGCAAUCUGUAUCAGGUCAAACCCAUAUUGAAAGAUGCCUGGAUCACUUACUUGAAGCCUUUCCAGGUGAAGAGGAUGCUAAGAUACUCCUCAGAGAGAGCUCCAAACUCUCACUUUACAUCGAUUCCAUCAACCAUCAGCCACAUAGCAAGCUAACAUACGAGACGCUCUCGAGACCAUACUCUAUAGCUGGGCUUCCUCGCCUUGACACCCACCCGGUCAUCUUGGCCAAGCAAAUGCUGCUGUUCGCAAUCACUCUACAGAGCCCGUCUGGGGAAAAGAUUAUCGGCCUUUCUGAGCCACCAGGCGUGCUCAUGCGUUGUUUGAUGACGGCUGCGACGACGUGGGUAACAGCCCAGGAAGACAUGCACGGAACCGUCGAGAGUCUUAUUUGCAUUAUGUUAGAAGGUACAUACGAGGUAAACAGCGGCAAUCUUCGACGGGCCUGGGUUGUUUAUCGCAGGGCAAUGACAGUCGCCCAGUUGAUGGGUCUACAUCGGUCUCCCAUGCCACCACUGAAACGCAUCGACCCAGGGCUGGAUGCGGACCCAGAGUUCAUGUGGUUCCGCAUCGUAUACAUGGAUCGUUAUCUCAGCUUGCUGCUUGGCUUACCCCAGGGCACAACGGAUAGGAGGAUGGGCACGAUGUCCGCUCUGCGGCACGAACCGCCCCUGGGAAAGUUCGAGCGAUGUCUUACAAUCAUUGCAUCUCGCAUUUUGGAACGCAACGAACGAGCCUUUACCACGAUUGAAAUUGCGACAACAAAAUCCAUUGACGCCGAGCUAUUAGGAGUGUCGAAGGGUAUGCCCGCAAGCUUUUGGCGGCUGCCAGAUUUUCAGAACCUCACACCAGGAUCUCCAGAUACCCUGUUGGAGACAGUACGCCUGAGCGCCCAGGUUUAUUACUACGGACUUUUGAUUCAGCUCCAUCUACCGUAUAUGAUACGAAUCAGUGACGAUACCAACUAUGAGUACUCAAAAAUUACUUGCGUUCAUGCUAGCCGCGAGAUCAUGACGCGCUAUAUUGCUCACCGAAGCUUCAACCCCAUGUCGUCCUGCUCGCGGCCCGUGGACUUCUUUACUCUCCUGGCGGCGAUGACACUCCUGCUGGCGCAUCUAGACAAUGGUGAUCACCGAGACGUAAUCAGCCUCCUGGCCCACCAGCGCUUGAGCGACCGCGCCUUGCUCGAUCAAGCAUUGGAGAGAAUGGACAUAAUCAGUAACAUGAAACAUGAUAUCAUAGCCGAAAGAAGCGCCGAACUGAUCCGACAAUUGCUCCAGUUCGAGGCAGACACAGCGGAAGGCAACAGCUACAUUACCAGAAGCUUAACAGAUGAUCAUAAUGACGAUAACAGGGAGAGAGGCGAAGAGCUCCAUUUGCAUAUCCCGCACUUCGGCGUGAUUAAGAUUGGGCGUGGACGCCCUAUAACUCGAGAGCCAUCAGUUGGGCAUGUGACGGCUAGGUCGCAUCGGACGCCGGGCGACUUCACACAUAGAGAACCAUCCGUCACUUUAAAUAAUGGAAACGCGCCCCUAGCUCAUCCGUCGCCUACAACUAAGAAUUCCCUUAGCAAUAUGCAUGGUGUAACUCCAGGCUUCGCCCCUUCAGGCAGCCUGGCCGCAUCGGAGCCGCCAAACGAGCAGUUAUACACCCCCGGGUAUGAGCAGCUCCUUUUGGACAACUCGGGCUUUAGUCAAGACGUAGUUAGUCAGCAGUCGCCGGUGGGACAUCCUGCAUUCGCGGCGGGAGGAGAUGCUUGGACUUUACAAGGUGUCGACAUGGCUUUCUUCGAUCAUCUGAUGAGAGGAACAUCCUGCUUGGAUGCUGGCAGCUUGGAACAGUAA